CGGCCGCCCCUCGGCUGCUGCGAAUCGGGAGCGCGCCUGGCUUCCUUCGGCAAUCCUGUGUACCUUAUACGUGGGCUGCUUUUCCCACCCAGCCUUAGUUGUCGCCCGCGAGUUUCUUGGUUCAGUUAGGCAAGUGAGGCAGGGAGUAAGAAGUGAGGGCGGGGCUGUCAGGCAGAACUAACUCCCAACCAGAACCUCCCGACCUCGCACGCGCUUCACUUCGGCACCGUUCCCUCCGCUGACACCGCCGCCGCCUCUUUCUGCGGGCUGCGCUCUGGUUGCUGGAAGGCGCAGCCCGGUUUCUGCCCUCUCGCUGAGCAUCCCUGGUGCAGUAAACUUUUCUCGCCGAGGGAAUAGCUCAGAGGGAAGGCAGCUCGGCGGGUCUUGCCAGCGGGCUGCUCCGAGGAUGGAACCGGGCGCGUAUGGAGCUGGCAAAGCCGGAGGCGCCUUUGACCCCCAGACCUUCAUCCGGCAACCUCACACGAUCCUCCGGAUAGUUUCUUGGCUUUUUUCCAUUGUUGUGUUUGGCUGCAUUGUGAAUGAAGGCUAUAUCAAUAAUCCAAAGUCACCAGAAGAGUUCUGCAUCUACAAUCACAACCAGAAUGCCUGCAACUAUGGUAUCACUGUGGGAGUCCUUGCAUUCCUCACCUGCCUUCUUUACUUAGCCCUAGAUGUCUACUUCCCACAGAUUAGCAGUGUCAAGGAUCGCAAGAAAGCUGUGCUUUCAGACAUUGGAGUAUCUGGCUUUUGGGCAUUUCUCUGGUUUGUCGGGUUUUGUUUCUUGGCUGACCAAUGGCGUGUUUCGAAGGAAGAGGAUAGUCUACUGAAUGAAGGAUCAGAUGCUGCCCGAGCAGCCAUUGCCUUCUCUUUUUUCUCCAUCUUCACCUGGGUGGGCCAGUCUUUUCUGGCAUUCCAGCGAUACCAACUUGGAGCAGAUUCAGCACUCUUCUCCCAGGACUACACAGAUCCAAGCCAGGAGGCCGGCAUGCCUUUUGCACCCUACACAAAUGAGGAUACCACAGAUAGCAUGGGGACCUACCAGCAGCCCCCUUCCGCAGAUGCUUUUGAUGCUGGUACACAGGGAUACCAAACACAAGACUACUGAAAACUGUUGGAGACCUCCUAUUUCCCCUUCCCUCUGCCCACUCUCUUCUGCCCCAAGAAGUCAGCGUGCAAAGCAGACCAGAGCAACAGGUGACUCUUGGCCAGUUCUGGCCUUCUAGGUUCUCUUUUUUUAAUUUCUUCUUUACAGAAAACCUAAUGCCUCCUCGUCCUCUGGAAUUCUCCAUCAAAACUAGAUUGUUCAUUGAAAGACACUUUAUUGUUUGUGUUGCAGUGAUAGAUUCUUUGUUUGGGAAGCUCAAGCUGUCUUUCAGAGGGAAAAAAAUCUCAAAAUGGUGUUGGUGGAAAGCAUAAGCACUGGAUAUAUGGAUGAAUACUAGUUAAGAUGCCAGUGCGUAAAUGUAAGUGCUGAGAAAUGAGAAUAAGAACUGGACAAAUGAGUAGACCAUCCUAUAAAUGAGUAGUGAAAGUGGACAAGCAAAGGUGAACGAUGUACAUAGCAGCAAGGAAAAAUAUAGAAAUGGCAAACAGAAAAAGAUCUCAGGUAGAUGAGAAUGGAAUCAUAAAGUGUUGGAUGCAGAAUCUACAAUAAGCCAGAUUGGAUUUGAUAAUAGGAAGCUUUAAAAAUAUCCUGGCCUUGAUUUUGAUAAAAUUACUAAAAUGUUUUGUUUUGUGCACUCUAUUAUUUUUUUAUUUACAUUUUACUUGCUUCAGGUUGAUAAUAUGUGGUUCCAAUGUUUGAUCAUUUGUGAUUGGCUUUUUGGAGAAUUGAGAAGUAUUACAUGAUUCUCUGAUCAAGUUCAAAAUGCAAAAUGUUAAAUACAGGCUGAAAAAUGAGACACAUAAUGAUUACAUUUGUUUCUGAAUAUGAGGCAGCUCUUUACAACAGAAUCACAUCUGUUCAUUCUAUAGUAGGCUAAACCAAAUCUGAUGAACUGACUUUAGUUGACAAAAACCGUAUAUGAGAAGAGGCCCAGUCACAAUCCACAAAAUUUAAACUAACUAAAUGACUGAUAAUUUCAUUCAAUUAUUUUUUUUCCUCCAAAAAUGGUUUAUGGAGACAAGUGUGCAAAUUAUGAAUUGUAAAGAAAUGAUAUAGUAUUUUAAAUCCAGGAUAAUGGCCAUGAAAUCUCCCUCAAAUUCAGACACAUAGUUAAUAGAUUAUCAUCAGGAUUAUAUUGUGCAAAUCACAAUUCAGAUGGAAAAAAUGAGUGCCAAUAAUGGUUUGGAAAAUCCUAUGAACAUAUUGAGAUGUAAUUCAAGUACCACUGAACAAAAUUAUCUGUAUCAGUGCACAAUCUUUUCCAGUUUUUUUUUAAAUAAAGCUGAUUUCCAGUUGAAGAAAUGUCAGUGCUGAUAAAAUUAUAGUGAGCAGAGGAACUCUAAUGAGGAAUGGAUAUAAAAAUAAGCAAAAAUAGCUCUGAAUAAGAUGAUACUUCUGUCCACUAUAUGGAACACAGUGUUGGAGAUGUCAGGAGAAACAUAAAAGUAACUUCAAUGCAAUGGAAAUGAAUUACUUAAGAAAUGUUUGAGGUAAAGCAUGGCCAAGAGUGAACAGGUAGAAAAUGAAUGUGGACUGAAUAUAAAAGUGAAUCAUCAGUACUGUACAAAAGAAGUAUAUUGAAAUGGUUUGGUCAUAUAAAAAGAAUGAAUGAAGAUUGAUUUGCAGACUAAGUACAUGAAGAAAGAGUGUAUUGAGAGGAAGGGGAAGACCAAGGAAGUCAUGUUGAAUGAAACUCAAAUUCUCCUAAGGAGAGAAGUUUCUUUUUCUUAUCUCAUGCCUUAACUUUCUUCAGUAUAGUGUAUCUUGCUUCUUUACUGUACUGUUCAUUAUGUUGAUUAACCCAAGAGGGAAUAAUGUGAUGGAUACAUAAUAUAUGUAUACUAUUCAUGUAUUCAUUAUUCGAACAAUUAAUAGGAUAAAUAAGGAAUAAGAUACAAGUCUAAUCAGACAAAGCAUUAUUCAGAAGUAAACUCCAUCUAGUUCA